UGUUAAGCUAUGUACAUUGUACAUAAUAUACGCUGAGAAUAGCAUGCAUGGUUUUUGACGUUUGAAACGUUGGGUUGUCUGAUCUGCUACUCGCUACUCGUUAUCAUUUUACGUGACUCGAAAAAGGUGUUUCACACAAGUUACUUGCCUUUAGAAUGCUGAUAAAGCUCAGUCUUACAAAUAAUGUCUGCUGUUAACACGCCGAAUGCUCAAGGUGUUUACUCACCUUUGCCAUACAGCGAUUCUGAAUCCGAGGAAGAAGUUUUUAGCAAAUCUUCUCAGCUGACUUCAAGGAAGCAUGAAUCCCAACACAAGAUUUCUCCAAAUCAUAUCCUCACAGGAGCAUUGCAAAACGGAAAAGCUAUUUCUAACGCUGAGAGUACCCUGAUGGCCGAGUACCGGCCCUUGAGCAACAGCGAAACAUCCCUCAAUGGCUUUCCCGACAAGAGCAGGGUGAUUCUCGUCACCACAUCUCCCAAAGAAAACAUAAAGUUUGAGCAUCACAACCCCAAUUCUAAAGCAAACAAUCAAACUGGCUGGGAGGGCAUGUCUCACGCUAGGAAACUCUGCUUCCUCAGCUCGAUUUUCCUAUGUGUCUUUACCAUAGUGGGUUUUCUGUGGAUCUUACCAUGUGAUCUUGAGUCCAACUGUGAACCAACAAGUAGAGAAUUUAGUGGAGAUCACUCUCAGCUCACCACGCCUGGCUCCUGGGAGUCCGUUUUUCAGGGAAUAGAGCUCACUGGACCACCAAUUUUCACUCAAAACCGGCUGAUAUUUACGGUGCGAGGGCCCCAACCUGCAGUGCGAAGCCUUACUUCAGGUGAACCCAAAUGGCGCGAACUCGGCUAUGGGCCAUACAGUCCAGAUAAAAGGAGUGGAGGACAGGCUGGCGGGGGUGCCCUUGCUCUUCUGCCUACAACAGGGUCACUACUGUGGACAAUUAACAUCCCUGGCGCAGCACCAACUGCAGCAAAUUGUGAACUCUUGGAUGUGAACAGUAAUCGCAAUCGAGACUGCCUCUUUGCAAAUGCUGAUUCCAUAUUGGCCGCAAUCGAUCCUAAAAAUGGCAAAUAUCUGUGGACACUUGAUGCUCAGCGGGAUAAUAGCACCAUAAAAAAUAACUCCGGCAGGCAGUUGAAGCCGCUGCAACCUACGCCAGCUAAAAUCAUUUUCCCGCCUAUUGUGGUGCAAGAUUUGGAUGAUGAUAAUGUUUCUGAGCUACUAGCGCUUGGUAGUCAUAAUCCUGGAAGAAGCACUGAUUGUUUCGUUUUGAUCUCUGGAAAAACGGGUACAAUCAUUGGCCAGCUGGUUAAUGUUAGUGGUUGCACCUCCAUAAGCAAACUGGAGUUAAGUGAAGAAGGUGAAACAGAAAGUAUACUCUUUGACUGCUUGUAUGCUGUUGGUGGAGUGUCGGUUCGAAAAAUGAAUGUUGAGGAAAUCUACUUACGGGCAAUAAACAAAUCUCAGCAGGACCUGGCAUCUGCUCCACCAAUUCAGAAAAGACAACAGCCGUAUCGAGAUUCUUUAGACCACAGCUCGUACGAUGGUCACUCCUACUUGCUCGAGGCAGAAGGCCAUUACUUAUCAAUUGAAAACAGUGGCACUUGUCCAAAGUGCAAAUCUGUCUUGACUUUGACUGAUGACCGCAAUACAACUGUGUGGGGAUACACUGGCAAGGGAGAAAGAGCUAUGUCGCCUGUCUCUUUGCACUUUUCUGGCACCACAACCUAUACCAGCUCGGGCAGUCCGAUUCACAAAAAUGGCUUUGUGUUCAAACUUUGGGUAUGGCCACCAUCUGCGCCAAAGUCAAGUAAAUCUCCAAGAAAGCCAAAAAGCAACGAGCCAAUCCACAAACUAAUGAAGAGGUCAGAAAAAAGCUACAUUAUUGAUCACGGCGGAGCGGAGGAAGGGAGCCCCAAUCUGAAUAAUGACGUUGAGGUCCUAGAGCUGAAAGAAAGAGUCGUAUUGAUCACUUUUAGCAGCACCGACCUGCAUGUUGUGAAUGCCAGCCAGAGCAACAUUGCAGUUCUCUGCGCCACCAACAAACAGCGCUACAGGAGCUCGUUUGACAAAAUAUGCCAGCCAGAACUUGCCGCUCAGCAAAAAUCAUUAUUAGUUGCUGAUUUGGAUGCAGAUGGAACUCAAGAGCUGGUGUCUUUCACUUCAACCUACAACCCCGUUGCAGAACCUGAGGGUGGUAUUUACCACCCCAAUCGAUUCAGUACUCCGAUAUUGCCAUCAAAGACCUCAUGGGAGCUGAUUUCUAAGAUUAAAGUGAUCCACCUUGAAACAGAGCUAUCAAAACUGAAGUAAAAGUAUUUUUAGCACUCACCGAUAGUCAACACUCAACACAAGGCUGCAGAUUCUGUUUUUAGAAAUCUAGUCAUUUAAGUUGACAGUUAUUUCACAAGUUGCACAACGGUUGAUAUUUUUUGUCAGUUUAGGGUUUAGGAUCUCUCAAUGCCUUAACAUCGCAAGACCUGGAAUCAUUUUGUAAAAAAAUCUCUUGCAAUGCCUUGUACAUACUACACACAAAAUACUUAAAACUACACACUCAAUAAAAAUAAAUUGUAUAUUGCGAUUGGGUCCACAAUUAACAAGCUAGAGGGCUUUUAUAUUGAGUGUAGAUUGGAAUGCUAGAACCUUGCUAUAUCAUUGAAAUUUAGUUUCUAUGGUAAUGAAUAUAUUAAAUAAUCAUUUGGGACAUUUCAGUUGUGAUUUUCUGUGAGAUUUAUGAACCUGUUUUUACGCUGUCCUGUUUCUGAACACAAGUGUUUUAAAAUCAAUUUCAUAACUUAUUAUUUGUUCCUAUUUUCUAUUUCGCCAUCAAUCCUGUUUAAAUAAAAACGAUUAUUGUUAA